AUGAUUUUGAGUUUCUUGUCGGGGUUCAUACCCACUCCCCAUCAUUUUGAGUUUUUGUCCCCAUUUUGGAGUUUUCUUCUCAGUUUCCCCCUCCCCCAUGGGUUUUUCUCGGGUUUCUUCUCCAUCAUUUUGAGUUUCUUGUCGGGGUUCAUACCCACUCCCCAUCAUUUUGACUUCUUGUCGGUGUUCAUACCCCUCCCCAUUAUUUUGAGUUUCUUCUCAGGAUUCAUACCAUCUCGUCGGGGGAUUUCUUUCAGGGUUUACCCCCUCCCCAUCAUUUUGAGUUUCUUCUCGGGGUUUACAAUCUCCCCAUCAUUUUUGGUUUCUUCUCAUUUUGAUUUUUCCCCUCCCAUCAUUUUGAGUUUCUUCUCGGGGUUUCAUCCCCCUCCCAUCAUUUUGAGUUUCUUGUCGGGGUUCACCCCCCCUCCCAUCAUUUUGAGUUUCUUCUCGGGUUCCCAUACCCACUCCCCCAUAAUUAGUUUCAUACCAUCUGUGAUUUUUGAAUUUCUUGUCGGUGUCCCCUCCCCAUCAUUUAGUUUCUUGUCAGGGGUUCAUGCCCUCCCCCAUCAUUUUGAGUUACUUGUACCCCCAUCAUUUUUCUUUUUCGCCAUCAUAUAG